CUUUCGCCCUUUCCUAUUACCACUUCCGUUGCCCUCGUCCGCCGUCUUUCAUUCCCAUUGCAAUCCUCGCGUCCCGGCCAGACAACUUCCGGUCAGCUCCACAGCCACAUCCGGUACACCGCAGCACAACUUCCGGGGCAGUUUUACGCGCGCGCUCCUCCACCAAUCCCUGCCUUCCUUUGGAAAAACUCCCCCUGCUCCUCGCAGCCACUUCCGCUCUGUUGCUGCACCACUUCCGGCGCCGCUCAUUCCUCGACCCUCCGUUGCUUGGCGACGACUUCCGGUGCCUCUCUGACCGACAUCCGGUAUUCGUCCCCAUCCCCCCCUGCUGCUCCGAACCCCUGGGUUCGAAAGCUCCAACUUGCGCUUCCCGCUGCCGCGACUUCCGGUCACGGGAUCAAGGCCGACUUCCGGUGCAUUCAAGCCCUUUAUUUCCGGUUACGGGCGGCACCGGCCGCUCCCACUUCAGCUCCGCUUCCGCUGUUCCCCCGCCGCCAUUUUUCCCGUUCUUCCGCCAUUUUCCGCUGUCUUCACUCUCGACUUCCGGUACUCCGCUCGCCUAUUCGCUCUUUUCCGGUCUAUGCCAGCGUCACUUCCGGCGUGUCGUUCAUCCUUUCAUAGUUUGCUGCUCCCCAUCGGCGUUUUUGCUCCACUUCCGGUCCGUGCAAGCCUCACUUCCGGUGUGCUGCCCACCCUGGCCGACAUUUUGUCGUUUGGAGCGCGAGUUCCUGGCUGUGCGUCAAUUUCCGGCCCGGCGUUGCGUCACUUCCGGUUUUUGUGCUCUUCCCGUCGGCUGUUCGUAGUUUUCAGCGGCGCUUCCGGGUUUCGGUUCACCCUCCCAGGAGGGUUCGGUUUCGUGACGUCACAUCCGGUUCUUUCCUUACGUCACUUCCGUUCCUCGACGGCAUUUCCGGCGCUGGGACUCACGAGGAAAGCGGGCGGGAUGCCGAAACGCAGCAAGAAGGGCGAAGAUGGCGACGGGGCGGCACCGAAGUCCCGUCGCGAGGAUUCGGCCCUAUAUGAGGAUCCCCCGGUGCGGGAAGAGACGGCGGAGGGGCGGCCCUAUAACCUGAAAGUGACCUCGUGGAACGUGGAUGGGAUCAGGGCCUGGGUGAAGAAAGGGGGGCUGAAGUGGAUUGAAGCCGAGGCCCCCGACGUCCUUUGCCUGCAGGAAACCAAAUGUGGGGCCGAGGGGCUCCCAGCCGAACUGAACCAACUGCAGCUCCUGCCCCAUAAGUUCUGGGGCAGCGCCGUGGGGCGGCCGGGGUACAGCGGAGUGGGGCUGCUGAGCAGGACGGAGCCCCUCAGGGUGACCCACGGCAUCGGCAUCGACGAACACGACGCUGAGGGCCGCGUCCUGACGGCCGAAUUCCCAUCCUUCUACAUCGUCUCCGCUUACGUCCCCAAUUCGGGCCGAGGCCUCAACCGCCUCCCAUACCGCCAACGUUGGGACCGAGCCUUCAGGGACUUCCUGUUGGCUUUGGAUACCCAGAAACCCGUGGUUCUGUGCGGGGAUCUGAACGUGGCCCACCAAGAAAUCGACCUCAAGAACCCCAAAAGCAACCGGCGUUCGGCCGGCUUCACGCAGGAGGAGAGGGACGGAUUCGGGGCGCUGCUGGACGCCGGCUUCCUGGAUUCGUUUCGGGUGCUUUACCCCACGGUGCCCCACGCUUACACCUUCUGGACCUACAUGGGGGCGGCCAGGGAGCGAAACGUGGGCUGGAGGUUGGAUUAUUUCCUGCUUUCGGGGCGCCUGCGGGGGGCGCUGUGCGAUUCCAAGAUCCGCUCGGCGGCCAUGGGCAGCGACCACUGCCCCAUCACGCUCUACCUGGCCCUGGAGGCCUGAAAACCCCACUUACUUCGCUCCAAAUCCCAUUAACUGGACCCAAAAUCCCAUUAAGUUGGCUUGAAAUCCCAUUCCUUGACCCCAAAUCCCAUAAAGUUGACCCCAAGUCCCAUUAACUUGACCCAUAACCCAACUAAGUUGACCCAAAAUCCCAUUCCUUGACCCCAGAUCCCAUUAAGUUGGCCCAAAAUCCCAUUAAGUUGGCUCUAAAUCCCAUUACUUGACCCCAAAUCCCAUUAUCUUGACCCACAACCCAACUGUGUUGACCCCAAAUCCCAUUACUUGACUCCAGAUCCCAUUAAGUUGACCCCAAAUCCCACUGUCUUGACCCAAAACCCAACUGAGUUGACCAAAAUCCCAUUGACUUGGCUUGAAAUUCCAUUAUCUUGAACCAAAAUCCCACAAUCUUGACCCAAAACCCAACACAGUUGACCAAGAUCCCAUUAAGUUGGCUUGAAAUCCCAUUAACUUGACCCCAAAUCCCAUUAUCUUGACCCAAAACCCAACUGAGUUGACCCUAAAUCCCAUUACUUGACUCCAAAUCCCAUUACCUUGACCCCAAAUCCCAUUAAGUUGGCUCAAAAUCCCAUUAACUGGACCCAAAAUCCCACAAUCUUGACCCAAAACCCAACAGAGUUGACCUAAAAUCCCAUUAAGUUGGCUUGAAAUCCCAUUAACUUGACCCAAAAUCCCAUUAUGUUGACCCACAACCCAACUGAGUCGACCCAAGAUCCCAUUACUUGACCCCAAACCCCACAAUCUUGACCCCAAACCCAAUAAAGUUGACCCAAAAUCCCAUUCCUUCACCCAAGAUCCCAUUGACUUGGCUUGAAAUCCCAUUACUUGAGCCCAAAUC